AUGACUUUCACGACUUUCUCCCUUUCUACCCUCUCUCUCAAUACCCGUGCUGCGUUCGUGUUCAAACGUUCACUUCUUUAUCAUUCAAUCUCACUCAUGUCACACAGAGCGCAGCCGGUCCUAACCACGACUACGACAACCAGCAUGUCCUCCUUCGCCGCCAUCCCCAUAUUGGGAUACUCCGUCCUCGCACUCGUAUUCUCAUACAUCGUCCAACGCCUCAUCCGCAUCGUCAAUUUUAGGAACUUGCUCUCUCGCUCUUCGUCUUCUUCUUCUGCUUCCUCUUCUUCUUCCUUGGAGACUCUGCCAACUAGCAACGCCCCCUCCGAACCCAAAAAGUCGAGGAUACCAGUCCCCUCAUGGGAUCUGACACCGUUCAAGAAGACCACGGCGAACGCAUACCGCAAGGCAUCGGCACUCGUGUUGCCUUCCAGGGGUAACAGCGUCGAGCUGUUACCUACACACGUGGCCAGUCCACCACCUACAGCUGCUCUAGUCGAUUACGGCGUGUACGCCGAGCAACAAAGUGCGUUCCAAACCCCAGCGACCCCUCUCCCUUUCCCACCAACACCCCCACUCACCUCCUCGUCCUCACCCGGCACAUCAACAACUUCCCCAGGCCCACGCACACCCUCCCCAGCACACCACUCCCACUCCCCCUUCUCCUCGAUCCCGCUACGCAUUCCCCUCCCCACGCCCUUCUCCCUCUUUCCAGGCCCGUACGUCCCCCUCCAACCUCAACCAAAGAGCAUCAUUUCCCCCAAUCGUCCACGAACACCGUCCCCGCCCUUCCUAGCUACCACACCCCCUCCGACGACCGCACAUAGACGGUCGAAGAGUCUGGGUGGUGUUACCGUGAGGAAAGUUGCAAAUUCCAGACUUGGGCUUGCGUUCCCGCAUGCGGAAGCGGAGGUUGAGAUGCGGAAUUUAUACCGCACGUCCAAGGACGCACCCUUGAUCGACUUUUCCUCCAGCUCCGAAGGCGAAGAAGAUCAGGAUGACGAGGACGUUGGUGUCUUCGGUCGUCGGAAGAGGGCUGCAAAGAACUCGCUGGUUCCGGGUGGUCCGCUCGAGUUGGUCUCCAUGCCUUUAGUCGAUCUAUCCGACACAACAACACGUGCAGAGGGAGGGGGGGAGGAAGACGUGUUUGGCUUCAAGACAGGCGUCAUGAUGUCCCGCAGAAGGAGUAUCGGUGGGGACGUCGAGGUCGAGUUGGUCGCGCUAAAGCGGGACGUCGAGCUUCUUCCUCUCCCUCUCCCUCCCAAAACCCUAGCACACCCCUCCAACGACACCCUCAUCGACGUUGAUUCCUCAAUAACGGAAGAAAAGCUCGUAGACGUGGAUGUGGACACGUCCUCAUCUAGGACUAUUUCACCUAUGGAACCCGUGGUGUUAUCCGUUGGAACCAGUCGGGUGGUGUCGAGGGAGGCGUCGCCUGUCCCAGUGAAUGUUGAGCCUCUUGUGCAUCUCCCAGUUGCGGUGCGGCCUGUUGCACAGCUGCCCAUCGUUGCACCCGUUUCCAUUUUGGAUUUGAAUGAAGCGGUUGUGCCGGUUGAGAGCCAGGAGGAAGGGGGAGAGGAGUUGGUGCAUGUCGGUUAUGAAGACGCUAUUGUCGUUCCUGAAGAAAAAGGGACUGGGGCGGAGGCUGAGGCAGAGGAAGAGGAAGAGAAGGAAGAAGAGACAGAGGAAGAGGCUGAGCCAGAGGAAGAGGAAGAGGAGGAGGAAGAAGAAGAAGGUGUGCUGGUGGAUGUAUCUCCUCGUCCUGUGGAUGUGGAGGUUCCCCUUCCCGAGGUUGUGGAGGUGGAUGUGGAUGUGGAGGUUUCUGCGGUGGAGGUUGUGGAGGUUUCUGCGGUGGAAGUUGUGGAAGUUUCCGCGGCAGAGGCUGUGGAGGUUUCUGCGGUGGAGGUUGUCGAGGUUUCCGCACCAGAGGUUGUGGACGUGGAGGUUUCUCAGCUUGAGGUUGUGGAGGUUGUGGAGGUCUCUUUCCCGAAAACGACGGACGUCCUCGUAGACGUGCCCUACUUAGUGGACAUACACCCCUCUCCCGAACCCACCAAACCAGUCGACCUCCCUCAGGAUCAGGCCACUUCCGAACAAAAACCCACAGCAACAGCGUGGCAAUGGGAUGAAGAAGACGACAUGAUGCGUGCGUGGAGCUUGGGGCUGGAUUUAGUCGAUGCUCCGUUGCCUUUGCCUUUGGACGGUACGGACUCUGACGUUACUGUGCCACUCCCGAAUGGUGAUGAGUCUCUCCUGGACGAGAAACCACCACACGAUUUAUUAAUCCAACAACAAGACCCCGAAUCACUUCCUUUCAUGACCAACUCCGUGGAAGAUUCCCCGCCUUUACCCCUCCUUCCACCACUCACCAUUCCGCUCAUCACCAUCUCCAAUGAUACCAAGCGCUCACACGAGGAGGAGUACCCCGAUCCGGAGUUACUCCCUCUUCCUGAUCUCGAUUUCAUCAGCAGUAGUAUCAAGGAAGACAAAGAGAAGCGUUCACCGCCCUCACAAACGCCUACACCCCCCGACUCGCCGCCUUUGUCCCCUGGUGGUCUGGGAGUGGUGAAGUUGACGACGCGAACGGCGCCUAGCUCACCGAGGAUUCCAACGUUGGGGUUGAGGCCUGCGUGGUCCCUCCGCGCGGCGGACGCGCCUCCGCUUGGAUUGAGCUCUUCUUCUUCGUCGAGUUCGACGCCUGUGGCUAGUCCGAGUUUGAAGAAGGGUGGGGUGGUGUUAACGGAGGAGGUGGUGGAGGAGGUGAAGGUGCAAGAAGAGACCGACACCGAGGCGCUGCCGGGUUCGUUCCCCGAUUCCCAAGCUCCAUCCUCUUCAAAUACGACCACAACCACAACCACGACAGCUACCACCUCCAUCAAGACCAUCUCAUCUUUAAUACAAACUCCAGAUACCCAACGAAUUAGGGUGUCCCGCUCACCACUGGACAUCGCACUAGCGAUGCAGCUCCGCCCUGGUCUUGGUCUCGGUGCGGACCCGGCGUGGAUGGUUCGGUUUUUGAUGUCUAUGUUUGGGUGGUUUGCGAUUUUGGUUUCGGGGCAGGGGGAGUUUUAG